CGAGGUGGUCGAUUUAUGAGACCAGGAAUUGCGCAGCCAGAUAGGUUGAUGUACCUUGGACCCGUCGAAAGCUUUCAGAGCAUGAAUCCCCCACCAAUUGUUCCACGCGCUGACUUUUGUGAUGUGACAAAGCUUGGGGAUGACGUGUGGGUUGCGGAUAUCUUUCAGGAGAUAGACAACAAGAGUUCCUCUACAAAGGUCAAAAACACUCUCCAGGCCGAGAACAAGCAAGACGCAGAGAAAUCUGGCAUCGACGAGGACGUUGUGAAAUAUAUUCAAAACGACAUCAUGCAGCUUCCCACCGGAUCGGAGGAGCACAGAAUAUUUACCUCACGGGCUGAGACAGCUCGUGCGGCGCUUAUACGCUACAAGAGGUUUGAGGAGAACCUGGCAAAGCUUCCUGAUGCUUGGAGCGCCGGAAAGGAGGGAAGUUUCAAGAUUUCUAAAGAUGAUCCCCGAUUCCCCGGCGUCACAUUCACCGAAGGUGAUUUACACCAGAUAUUUCACUUCAAGCCCGCCAACCACGGCAAGAACAAGAGACGAUUCGGCAAACGCACCCAUGAGCGCCAUCCCGAAACCAUUGGUGCCUGGUUCAAGGAUCCAGACGGCGCUAUGAACGAUAUAUACGGCACUAUGAAGUUAUCAGAAUUUGAUGCUGAACUUCAACAGCUUGACGUAGCGAAGGACGCCGAAGUAGACAAGAAGAAGAGAGAGAGAAAGAGACUCUUUAAGGUGGAGAGGUCGGAUCACUCGGGUGAGGAGAGUAAGAGCAGUCAUCGAAGAGGCAAGGGUUCGUCGAAGGGCAAGCAGAAGCGGGCGAAGGCUAGUCCAUCGGGUUCUUCGUCGGAAGAAUCUUCUUCCGAGGAAGAGAAGCGCCCAAGGAAGAAAACCAAGCACGCUAAGGUUUCCUCCUCCAAGGCUUCGACGUCGAAGGCUAGUUGAGAUGAUGAUGCCUAGUUAUUACAUAGAGCGUAGUUAUAACUAAAUACAUAGGUACCUGAGCGUAAAUGAAAUUCAUCUUCCU